CAUGUUGUGUUUCUGAACAUGUGCAGCUAAUAUUUAGCUUUGCCACAAUGAACAGCUGUAGGAGAAUAGCUCGUAUCAAAGACCGGAGCUCCGGUCUGAACACACUCUUCUUUCGGAUCAAACCAAUCUGCUGCCGGGGUCCGGAGGCAGCACCGUCCCUCAGCCGGAGCCAGAGCUCCGCCGCUAAACCCGCUCCGGGCUCCGACACCGGUGACAGACCGCGGCUCAAGGCGGCCGACCUGGCCCGGAAGAUCCAGCAGGAGAAGGCGAAGACGAAGACCCCGGUGGCAGAGGCUCCGGUGUCCGCCCUGCAGAAGAGGGUGUUGGAGCUGAAGCGGUUCAGCCUGCAGCUGCAAAAAGUUCACCCCAACGUGCUGGCCAAACACCUCCACAGAGGCGUGCUGUACCGGGACAAGGAUGUGGCUGUCAUCAAUAAACCCUACGGGGUCCCUGUCCGAGAUACCAGCGGGGUCACCUCCAUCUCGUCUGUGCUUCCUGUUCUCGCCAAAAUGAUGGACGGGAUGAAGAUAAAGUCUGAUUCUGAGCUGUUCCCCUGCCUGGGUCUGGAGAAGGACACAACAGGAACUCUCCUGCUGGCCAGGAGUGAAGAAGUGGUGAAGCACAUCCUCUCCCUCAGUGGAAACAACCAAGUGCAGAGGAAAUACUGGGUGGUUACAGUUGGUGUUCCCGUGCCAUGUGAAGGAAUGAUUGAUAUUCCCGUCAUAGAGAAAGAAGUAACGGGUCCUCAGCCGCACUUCAAGAUGGCACUAAGCCCUCUGUACAGAAUGAAUGAAGAAGGCGAUGGCAUCACCAAAGUCCGAACCAACCGCCAAGCCCAUCCUGCAGUAACCAAGUACAGAGUCCUGGACAGCAGCCAUGGGUGCAGCCUCGUGGAGCUCCAGCCUCUUACUGGAGCGAAGCACCAGAUGAGGGUUCAUAUGGCCUUUGCUCUGUCUUGUCCCAUUCUUGGUGACCAUAAAUACUCCCACUGGAACAAACUGGCACCGCAGAAAUUACCGGAACGCGUUUUGGGAAAGCUUGGACUGGAACAGAGCAAGAUCCGGCAUCUUCCGCUUCAUUUGCACGCACGACAGCUGAUACUGCCGGGAAGCAGCCACGCUGAAAUCAACGUUUCCUCCCCGCUGCCGAAAUACUUCAUGCAAACACUGAAGCGACUGUAUUUGACACUUCCAGGAAAAGAGGAUGAUAAAUAACCAUCUCUCCAACUGAUGCUCAUGAGUAGUGGGUAUCAGUUGUGAAACAUCUGAGACUGAUACACGGAGAAUGAACGCUAACUAGAGAUGCACGAUAUAUCAGCGACCACAUCGGUAUCGGCCGAUGAACAAAUUUAGCCGAUGUGAAAAACCGAUGAG